AGGUAGGUAACCAGUUUUUUUACAGCUAUCCAUAUAUACAUAUAAUAUAUGCAUAUUUACCUGUGUAAAAUAUAAGCAUAUAUAUAUAAAUAUCUGUGUGUGGUAUAUAAAGUGGAAAGCUAAAACUACACUAGUGCUACAUUAAGUUGGAACAGUUAAAAUGAGUCAACAAAAGUCAAAAUGAAGAUUCAUGCAGGAACUUUAAUAUGUUGCUUGUACCUAUCAUGUAGUAUUUUUGUUUUUCUUGCCACAUUAUACCUUUAAUAUAUUGUUCAGAUAAUUGCUACAAAAUAUAAAGGAAGAGGUACAGUCUGAGUUAACCUUGCUGUUGGAACAUUAUCUUUUGUGUUUUCUUGCUUAAUUUUACUGUAACAGUGGUACAGGUUAUUUCCAUUUUAUAACGGUGAAAGGAAAAGACAGACUGUAACUAGUUGGUGUGGUGUUGGUGUCCUCAUCUCUGGAAAUAUACGUUCAGUUUCAUAAACCUGUCCCUCCUUGCUCUCUCAUUUUCAAAACAAUCUGUAAGGGUUAAUUGUCACAUGUGCCUCUUGCGGAUAGUAGGAAUGAACUGCAGUGUUUAGUGUACUGUGCAGUUAAUCCUGCAGUUUGAUGAAUGGACCUUGAAUAGACAAGGAGAGUUUGUAGUGCUGACAUGUUAACACAAGAGUUAACUGUUCUCAUUGCUUCUAUGACUUACUGAAAUAAAUCACUGUAGUAACACAGUGAGUUUUUGAGACAGAGUGAGAUUUAGCACUCUGGCAACCUGAGCUGACUGGAUUGUAGCACUUAGCCUGCAUGGCAUCUCUGCUAACUGGGACUUUGAACAUGGGGACCUUCUUCAGCAUUGUAAGGCGUCGCUAUAAAAGGAGGCGUAAGAAACGUUCUGAGAGGAAAGAUAGAAGCUGUCUACGCCAGUCAAGAAACCAGCAAAAGUAUUUCACUAUGGAUAUAGAUGAUGAAGAAAAUAUGAGUUCAAGCAGCACAGAUGUUAAAGAAAACCGCAACAUGGACAACGUUCUUCCUAAGGAUGGCAGUGUGCAAAAUACCGGGGAGGGGUCUCAACUCUCCAAUGGUGGUGGUAGCAGCAGCAGAAAACGCCCAUUGGAGGAGGGCAGCAAUGGACACUCCAAGUUCCGCCCUAAGAAGAGGAAGAAAACACCAGGGCCUGUUUUGCCAAAGAAUGCUCUGAUGCAACUGAAUGAAAUUAAACCUGGUUUACAGUACAAGCUUCUAUCCCAAACAGGACCAGUUCAUGCCCCUAUUUUUGUGAUGGCAGUUGAAGUUAAUGGACAGGUGUUUGAGGGAUCUGGCCCUACAAAAAAGAAGGCAAAGCUUCAUGCUGCUGAAAAGGCUUUGAGAUCUUUUGUUCAGUUUCCAAAUGCAUCUGAAGCACACCUAGCGAUGGGGAGAACACUCUCUGUAAACACAGACUUUACAUCUGACCAAGCAGACUUCCCAGACACACUUUUCAAUGGAUUUGAAACACCAGUUCAGACUGACAAUUCCUUUUAUUUGGGGUCCAAUGGAGAUGGAUCUUAUAGCUCCAGUAUAGACUACAGUCUGUCCUCAUCCACUGUGGCCGGUACUCUUAUCCAGUCCCCUCUUCCCACACCAUCACCAUAUCCAUCCACCAGUGGAAAGAACCCUGUGAUGAUUCUGAAUGAGCUGCGGCCAGGGUUGAAGUAUGAGUUUCUCUCAGAAAGUGGAGAAAGCCAUGCUAAGAACUUUGUGAUGGCAGUGGCAGUGGAUGGUCAAACUUUUGAAGGAUCGGGAAGGAACAAAAAGCUUGCAAAGGCUCGGGCUGCUCAGUCAGCUCUUGCAUCCUUAUUUAACAUGCAGCUGGACCAGACACCAUCUCGCCAGCCCAUUCCCAGCGAGGGUCUCCAAUUACAUUUACCACAGGUUUUAGCUGAUGCUGUUGCACGCUUGGUUGUGGAUAAAUUCAGUGAUCUGACUGAUAAUUUCACAUCUCCCCAUGCACGUAGAAAAGUUCUUGCUGGAAUUGUCAUGACAACAGGUACAGAUGUGAAGGAUGCCCAGGUUAUAAGUGUUUCCACAGGGACGAAAUGCAUAAAUGGAGAAUACAUGAGUGACCGUGGUCUUGCAUUAAACGAUUGCCAUGCAGAAAUUAUAUCUCGCAGGUGCCUGCUUAAAUUUCUUUACACACAACUUGAGCUGUUUGUAAGUAAUAAAGAAGAUCAACAAAAAUCCAUCUUUAUCAAGUCUGAACGAGGCGGAUUUAAACUGAAAGAAAAUGUGCAAUUUCAUCUCUACAUCAGCACCUCUCCAUGUGGAGAUGCUCGGAUUUUCUCACCACAUGAAGCAGCACAAGAGGAUCAGGGAGACAGACAUCCAAACCGGAAAGCAAGAGGACAGCUACGGACAAAAAUAGAAUCUGGAGAAGGGACAAUUCCAGUCCGAUCUACUACUACCAUCCAGACGUGGGACGGAGUAUUACAGGGAGAGAGACUGCUUACUAUGUCUUGCAGUGACAAGAUAGCUAGGUGGAACGUGUUGGGUAUUCAAGGAUCCUUACUUAGCCUCUUUGUGGAGCCAAUUUACUUCUCUAGCAUCAUCUUGGGGAGUUUAUAUCAUGGGGACCAUCUAUCCAGAGCAGUAUACCAGCGGAUAGCAGAGAUAGAAGAUCUACCACCUCUGUAUACGCUCAACAGACCUUUACUUAGUGGUAUUAGCAAUGCAGAAGCCCGCCAGCCAGGAAAAGCACCUAAUUUCAGUGUAAACUGGACAGUAGGAGACACUGGUCUUGAAGUUAUUAAUGCCACAACUGGCAAGGAUGAGAUGGGUCGUGCAUCUCGCCUUUGUAAGCACGCUUUGUACAGUCGCUGGAUGCGUAUUCAUGCAAAGCUUUCCUCUAGCCUGCGCGCAAAGAUCCUCAAACCGAACCUGUACCAUGACACUAAGCAGGUGGCCACUAAGUAUCAAACGGCCAAAGAAUGUUUGUUUAAAGCGUUCCUGAAGGCAGGGCUUGGAGCGUGGGUGGAGAAACCAAUAGAGCAGGAUCAGUUUUCUCUCACUGUCUAAUUCAUGGACUGCACAUCACUUUGGAACAGGGGGUCAUUCUGGAAAUCCUGGCGUCCAGCAUCGUUUUCUGGCAUCAGCUGUCAAAGCAUCUUUUUAACACUUUGAAAUUAACUGGCAAAUUGUUGUUAUGUUUUGCUCAAAUAUUGAAAGUCAAUGAUAAGUUGCUACAAUAAUUCUAUAUUUUGUUAUAAAAAUCGUUUUGGUUUACUUCUCUAGAAACUCCUGUUACUGUAGAAAAAACUGCAGUAAGGCUUUCUUUAACAGUACCAGAUGACUCAUAUUUUUCUGGGUUAGAAAUAAUUCCUUUUUUUAAUGCAAUAUAAGCAAGUGCAUGAAAACAUGUAGUAGAUUGCAUUAGGUUUUACACUGCAUUUUUUUAGUCUGUAGCUUAAUUUAAUCAAAAAAAGCUACAAAGCGAAUUUCUGCUCUUCUGUUAGCUUGGUUUUUCUUUUAAUUGCAGGGUUUUAAUUGCAGAGCACAUAGGUGACAAAGCCAGAAUGGAUUUUGGACAGCUAGCUUUUCCCUUCUUCCUUGCUCUUUAAAACCAGCUGCUGAAAACGUCAUGUCUUUGAUGUACGUAUUUAUUAGUCUGUGACCUGGUUUUUAACAUACAGCUUUUUAUUCUGUUUUUUAAAAUACCUUUACCUCCCAUUUACAUGCAUUGUAAAGUCAUCAUUUUUUACCACUGUAAACUGGAAACAAAAAAUAAGUAUUUGUAAGUUAAGAAAUUUAGUCUGUAGUGUACAAAACCUGUUUAGAAGUAGGCAGUUUGUAUAUCCCAGGAACUCAUGCGAACACCACCAUAACAUUAACAGUAAUGUGGCAACUUCAGAAAAACAGUUGUUCGUUUUGGGGAAAUAAUUCUGCUUUGCCAAAAUAACCCAUUCGUAGAAUAUUAAUUACAGUUUUUCUCAAAGAAAUGAGAGGCCUACUGAAGAUGAAAGUAUUGUUAAACUUCUUUCUUGUGGUCUUCAGAGACUUAACAACUGGACUGUUGUGUCCCCUGAAGAUUUUAUUGCCUGUAGCUUGACAUACAUGAUGAUCUAUAAAAGUCUUAUUUCUAAGUUUUGUUUGCUCUAGUAUAUAUUUAGAAUGGUAUUUUAUUUAUAAAAGCUCUUUUUUGUUAAAAUUUUCACAUAUGCUAGAUGUGAAAAUGAAAAAUAGCAGGGAAAAUACUGCCAGGUCUGUUAAGUCAAUGGGUGCAUAGACAGCCCUUUUAGAACAAUUUGUAAGCGAAAUGGAAGGCUGACAAUGGAUUGAAAAAAUCCUCUUUUUCUCAGCAUACCAGGUAUAAUUCUCUAGUUAUGUCCAAUAUGUCUAAGUACAUGAUGUGACAUAUGUGUAUCAAAGAUAUUGUGUGUACAAAUUCCGAAAAACACCUCAAAGUAUUUUUAAGUCCUAUUUUUAAAAUAAUUAGUUGAUAAUAGCAGUAACUACCUCAGCACAGGGCAUUUCCUGGGGAGUAGCGGCUCCCUGGGCGUUGUGGAAAGUGAUGCAAAAACUCUUUCCAGCCAGUUAUGAAUGUGCUGGAAAUGCCCUGUCCUGCAAUCAUUAUUGCUCAAUUAUGAAUCAAAGUGAAAAAAAUUAUCAAGACUAAAAGUUGCCUGAGUAUUGUAUUAAACCUCCUAAUUAGAGUCUUAGUAGCAAUACAUUAAUGUGUAAAAUAAACUCUUGUAGGGGAAAAACAUUCAGAAUGUGUGAAGGCAAGUAAUGUACAUGAUCUUUCAAAACACAAGAUUUACAUUGUAUCUGUCUUUGCAAAUGUCUUUGGCCCUGAACCUGCAAACUCUUUUGCAGUUGAUUAAAGUUAAGCAUAAGUAGACCCACGGAACUGCUCAUUUGCUCAAAAUUAAACGUGUGCAUAAAUUUGCAGGAUUGAAGCCAAAAUGUGGAGCAAGAACUGUACAUUAGAGCAAUUUAUGAAUUUUCUAGCUGGUCUAACCAUGUGGAUAUUCUUGGAAUUAGUCUUACUUAUUAAAUGAAAUCUCUGUUUUAAGGGACUCUGUCUACUGAUGAUUUCACUUUGCAAUCUUAAUCUAUUUUUACCAAUCUUUUUAAAUUUCUCAUUCAGAAGUUGAGCUCUCUUCAAAUUUUAUUUUGAAGUUCAGGCAGUUAUUAGGUGAGAUUAUUUUUGUAUUGAUGAAGUCCUGAAUGUGAGUAAUAUAUUUAAGUAUUAUUGUAAGCAUACAUUUUAAGACAUUCAAAUUUACUAUGAAUAUAUGGAAACUAUAAGUGAGAGUUCCAUGCAGAAUUCUUUUUGAUAAAAGGGCAGCAUUUGAUUGAUAUGAGGAAUGAGUUCUCAUUCUUUAUAGUUCUAGGGUUCUCAAAAAUGUUUUCCAGGAUCAUGCGCAACCCAUAUCUGUCAUCUGGAAGCCAAUGGCUUUCCGCAUACCUGCUUAUUCAUUUUUGUUCAGUAAUAUUGAAAAUCAGAAGUUGGGGAAGAAGUGUUCCUCUAAAAGAUGUAUUUGAGAUUGUUAUAUUCAGCUAAAUUCUGCCAUGUCCCUCUUUUGUCAUUCUGUGCUCCUUUAUAUUCUUGACCUUUGUAUUCUUUGUAAUACUCCUGUAUUCUUUACAGAUCACCAUCAUCAAGCAUGGAUGGCUUUUUAUGCAUUUAAUUUUAAAUGAUUGCAGAGGAUAAAGGCAACAUGGCUGCCAACAGCUGUUGAAAUUUGGGGUUGACCUUUCUCUAUCGAGCAUUUAGCUUAGCAUUUAUUUUGAAAGGUUGGAUGGUCUUCUUGAAUAUCUUCACUGUGCGAUUUAGUAUGUCAUGGUUGUGGUGGCUAAUCUUAGCAAGGAUUUGCAAUCCUGGGAAUUCUUGGGUUUUUUUAAGUUGAUAUAAGGGUAUAUCUCAGGUUCGUCACAAAAUUUAAAUGAGUAACUUUAAAGUUAAUAAAUACUUGAAGAAAUAUAAUUUAAGAUGUUUUUCCAAAUAACAUUCUAGCUAUAAUAAAAGAUAAUAGGUUAGUAACAUAGAACACUGUAAAUGUAGGGAUUUUUUAAAAAAAAUAUUCUGUAGGGGUGUGGAAGAGAACUUGGACCUGGAGGUGAAACUUGAAGCAUUUGGUUAUUUCUGUGCUCAGGAUUUAAUACCCAUAGAACAUUUCCUGUCACUUGUUGAUGAUGAAUCAUACUGUCUUCACAUUAAUAUGCUAGCUCUUUCCUAUCCCCCCACAGGGUCCCAAUCCUUUAGCGUAGUUAGUGAUAAAAAUUAUGAUAGUUAAAUAGUGUGCAACUUACACACAUACAACAAGGGGCUCCCUGCACAGGUGACAGUUUUAGUAUCUUCCUCAUGCUAGAUAGUACAAAACACACUAGUGUAGGGUAGAAAAUAAUUAAUGGGGGGGAUCCCUCAGAGUAGCAGCAGAUCUUUAUAUGGUACCACUCCUGUGUCCUCAUUAAAACCUAAAACAACUCACGACUGAAAUUUCAGGCACCUUAGAGCUGCAUCAUUGGUGGUUUGUUUUACCAGUAUGCAGCUCUGAAGUUAAGUAUUUUAUCCACCUAAAAAUAUAAACAAUCUUUCAACUGGAUACCUUGUAUAUACAAAUGAUACUUUCUGCUGGUGAAGGAAUAAAAUUAUUAGUUGUGGGCUGCUGAUCCGAGCUAACAGUGUUAGUAAUGAAAGAGUAAAGGUGACAUCAUGAAAACUGUUUUCUUUCCCAUCUCUCCCAAAGACAAUUUUUUUUUACCAGGGGAAAACGACUUGAGUUUUGGGACAUUUUGAGUUGAGGUUGCCACAUAACUGAAGUGGAACUUUCUUUCUUUCUUUCUUUCUUUCUUUCUUUCUUUCUUUCUUUCUUUCUUUCUUUCUUUCUUUUUCUUUUUAAAUAAUAUGCUGAAGUUUCUCCAUACAUUGACAAUUAUCUUUUUGCCUUUCACCAAAGCAAGCUUUUUCACUCCAAGGGGAUACUUUCAAGUCUUUGCAUUUUUAUCAUAAUAGAAUGUCUGUUAUGAAAAUCAUCCUGAAGUUUUUUGAAUGGGAAGGUGAGCUGUGAUUCAGAUAUGUGAUGGGAAUCAAAAUGUUUAAAGUUAUUUAAAACAUAAAAGUGAGCCCACAGAAAUAAAGUGUAAACAAAAUGUAUAAAAUAUAUUAUCCUGUCUCCAAAUCACUGUGUGGUUUUUGGUUUUGUUUUUUUAAAGACAGGCAGCCUUAUAACAUAUAAUAUCAGCUGAAUUGAAAGUUUUUUGGUGCAAUUUACAGUAAUAUUUGGGUACAAUCCCAAUCAGAUAUAGACUGGACAUGAUGAAAAGUGCUACAUAAGAGCGUGGUAUGAUUUUUAUUUAUUUAUUUAUUUAUAUGCAUAUUAAGAAUAUCAUAGAAUAUCAGGGUUGGAAGAGCCCUCAGGAGGUCAUCUAGUCCAACCCCCCUCUCAAAGCAGGACCAACCCCAACUAAAUCAUCCCAGCCAGGGCUUUGUCAAGCCGGGCCUUAAAAACCUCUAAGGAUGGAGAUUCUACCACCUCCCUAGAUAACCCAUUCCCGUGCUUCACCACCCUCCUAGUGAAAUAGUUUUUCCUAAUAUCCAACCUAGACCUCCCCCACUGCAACUUGAGACCAUUACUCCUUGUUCUGUCAUCUGCUACCACCGAGAACAGCCAAGCUCCAUCCUCUUUGGAACCCCCCUUCAGGUAGUUAAAGGCUGCUAUCAAAUCCCCCCUCACUCCUCUCUUCUGCAGACUAAAUAACCCCAGUUCCCUCAGCCUAUCCUCAUAUGUCAUGUGCCCCAGCCCCCUAAUCAUUUUUGUUGCCCUCCGCUGGACUCUCUCCAAUUUGUCCACAUCCUUUCUGUAGUGGGGGGUCCAAAACUGGACGCAAUACUCCAGAUAUGGCCUCACCAAUGCCGAAUAGAGGGGAAUAAUCACUUUCCUUGAUCUGCUGGCAACUAUAUAUAUAUAUACUAAUGCAGCCCAAUAUGCCAUUAGCCUUCUUGGCAACAAGAGCACACUGUUGACUCAUGUCCAGCUUCUCAUCCACUGUAAUCCCCAGGUUCUUUUCUGCAGAACUGCCGCUUAGCCAGUCAGUCCCCCAGCCUGUAGCAGGGCAUGGGAUUCUUCCGUCCUAAGUGCAGGAUUCUGCACUUGUCCUUGUUGAAUAUCCAGAAUUAUUAUAAUUAAUUAAGCAAUUUUGAAAGGGAUAUUAAAUCUCAUACUUUAAAGCUUAAACCAAUUACAAAUUAGGAUGAGCCCUAAAGGGCUUGGGGGUCAGAUUACCCCACCUGUGCUACUCAGGGUUUUUACACCUUCCUGGUGUUCCCCAUUGUCAGAGACAGGAUACUGGACUGGAUGGACCUUGGGUCUGGCCCAACCUGGUAACGCCUGUGUUCUGUGCUGGUGAGAGCUCAGAAGCCGCAACACAGAGACUAGAACUCUGGAACUUGAUUUUGGAAUUCAUUUGUCCGAAUUAGGAAUUGAACCUUCUUAUAUAUCAUCUGGCCCAUCACGCAGUGUCACUCAUCUUUACAUUAUAGCACAUCUCUCAGCAGGCUUCCACCUUCUGAUAAACAAGCAAGAAAGGAACCAGAGCUGCUCUCAUAGUUAUGUGCCCGGCAGCAUUUAUAUUCAGAUGGUCCUGUGGGCUUAUUUUGCACAAUUUUAUUAUACAAUUCUGCCAUAUACUUUUAAGGAUGUUAAUUUUUAAAAUAAGUUUUCUUUUGAAUCUUUUGCAUAAAAUUGACAUUGCAGUAGCACAGAUUGUCACUGUUCGUGCUGGGCAGAAGUCUUUUAUGACAAGCACAGAGACUGGCAGAGGAAGGUGGCUCAAUUUCAAACACUAGAUUGGUUGCCUAAUCAGUUUCUGACUGAAACAGACAAAAUAGAAGGAAGUUCUUGUUUUUCUUCCUAAAGCCCAAAUGGCCUUGUAGGAUGUAACAUUCCGUUCCUGCAUGCACUGUCAGCUCCCAAAAUGUGUCAAAGGAGGUAAGUGCUAUUCGUGUAAAAAAUACCUUUGAAAAUCUGGCCCUGUGUCUUUUAUAAACUGGGUAAAGAUUUUUUUUCCUUCCACUACUUCUGUAAUGACGGAAUAAGCUGUACUGACAACAGAACUAGAAGCAAAUUAUGGGUGUUAUCCUGGCUCCAUUGAAGUCAGUGGCAGAGCUCCCCUUGAGUUCAGUGCAUCCAGGAUUUCAUCCUGUACAUUUAAAUAUUGUUGACUUUAAUAAUGAAGCAAAACAAAAUCAUUUAAAUAAAUAUCAAAAGUAACACUGAUUUUGAAAUCCCUGUACUGACAAUUUUGUACUCUGGCUGCUAAUCAUGCCAACAGUGUAGCAGAAGGCUUUUGUGAGUGGUCAUGUUUUGUUUUUGUUUUCUUUACUGAAACUAUAAAACAGAUAUAAGAAAUGUAAUUUAUGUACAUAACAAUCUAGCCCAUUUGGAGACAGCAGAUGUGACAUUUUAAAGAUUUUUUAUCUUUGAGUGACAGAGUCUGUUGUCUAGGAAGCCCAAAAUGUCAUCACGUUGCUUUUUAAAAUGUUUUCAAUAUUAUCAUGCACAGACCAGUCUAGUUGCAGUCAGCAGACACAUGGUUAGAAGAUUAAAAUACAAUGUACAUAAAUUGCUCUACGUUAUUUGCAUGAAGCAGUUACUCUUGCCCUAUUUCUGACUUUGUGAUGUUGUGAUGGCAACACACCUGCCUUUACUAACUGAUAAAGGGAUAUUAAAAGAGCACUGUCAAAUA